GGCGUGAGCCCUGAGGUCAGCGUCCCUGUCACCGUGGACAGCUGAGGGUGACCUCGGAGCUCCACGUGCAAUCUUUGCCUCAACUUUCCUGCCCGUCAAAGGGAUCUGAUUCUCUGACCGCUGCCCCACCUCUGCAACGGGGGCUGGUGUGAGGGUCUGUCCCCACUGGAAAUGGACCAGAGAGGUGAAGACACCACCCUAGCGCCACACAGCAGAAUGUCCGGUGAUCAGACAGCUCAGGACCCUGGAUCCAGCCUGGGGGAACUGGACCAGCAGAAUGUGGUGAAUCGAGUGGUGGCUUUGCCCCUGGUCAAGGCCACGUGCACUGCCGUGUCCAGUGCUUACAACUCAGCCAAGGACAGGCACCCGCUGCUGGGAUCCGCCUGCCGCCUUGCUGAGCACUGUGUGUGUAGUGUGACUACUUGUGCCCUGGACCACGCACAGCCACUGCUGGAGCACCUGCAGCCCCAGUUGGCCACAGUGAAUGAUCUUGCCUGCAGGGGACUAGACAAAUUGGAAGAGAAGCUGCCCUUCCUGCAGCAGCCAUCAGACAUGGUGGUGACGUCAGCCAAGGAUACAGUGGCCAAAAGUGUCACAGGCAUGGUGGACCUGGCCCAAAGGGGCCGGCGUUGGAGUGGGGAGCUGAGGCGCUCCAUGAGUCAAGCCAUGGACAUGGUGCUGGGCAAGUCGGAGAAGCUGGUGGACCGCUUCCUGCCCAUGACUGAAGCUGAGCUAGCGGCCCUGGCAGCUGAGGCCGAGGGCCCAGAAGUGGGCACAGUGGAGGAGCAGAGGCAGCAACAGGGCUACUUUGUGCGCCUGGGAUCCCUAUCGGCACGCCUCCGCCAUCUCGCCUAUGAACACUCUUUGGGGAAACUGAGGCAGAGCAAACACCGCACCCAGGAGAUGCUGGCCCAGUUGCAGGAAACGCUGGAGCUGAUCCAGCAUAUGCAGAGAGGGGCAAGCCCCACCCCUACUUUCCAUCCCCCAAAGACUCAGGAGCUGUGGGGGAACUGGAGCCCGUGUCUAGAGAAUGGCCGCAGCCACAGUGAGGUGGAGCUGGAGACACUGGCUCUGUCUCGAAGUUUGACCCUGGAGCUGCAGAAUGCAGUGGAUGCCCUGGCAGGCUGUGUUCGGGGCCUGCCACCUGGUGCCCAGGCCAAGGUGGCUGAGGUGCAGCGCAGCGUGGAUGCUCUACAGGCCACCUUUGCUGAUGCACACUGCCUUGGUGAUGUGGCACCCACUGCUCUGGCUGAGGGCCGGGGCAGUGUGGCCCGGGCACAUGACUGUGUGGAUGAGUUCCUGGAUUUGGUCCUUCGGGCCAUGCCACUGCCCUGGCUUGUGGGGCCCUUUGCACCCAUCCUGGUGGAACAGUCGGAGCCCCUGAUCAACCUGGCCACCUGUGUGGACGAGGUGGUGGGUGACCCUGAUCCUCGCUGGGCACACAUGGACUGGCCAGCUCUGAAGAGGGCCUGGGAGGCUGAGUCUGCAGACCCUGGGGGUCAAGAGGCUGAGAACCCAAGGGGGCAAGUCAAGCACACAAUGAUGCCAGAGCUGGACUUCUGACCAUUGAGGUCUCUACUGCCCCCUGGUGGUUACGUGACAGCACUCACGCAGGCUAGGGCUUCUCUUCCCUUCCCUGGGACCUCAAAAGGUCUAAGUGGACCUCAGAAUCUCCCUCUCUUAUGAUCCUGUCCUUACCCCCAAAGUUGAUACAUGAGAGAGAGGCUGAGGCAGGAGGAUUGAGAGUCUGAGUCCAGUGUGAGCUGCCUUAUCAAGAUUAUCUCAAAAACAAGCAAACAAACAAACAAAUAAACAAAAAAGGAAAAGGUGGCUGGAGGAAGACCUGGUGCUCACAUCAUCUACCUGGGGGCUCAGAACUCUUCGAAUCAAAUGCUUUUGGCUGGUGUCCAGAGACUCAAUUGCUUUGCUGUUUGUGGUCCUGAAUAAAUAUGCUUGAUGUGGUCUGA